UUUUCUGUCAUGCAGACACUCACAAUCAAAGUCCAAAGUUUAUAUAUGGCUGCUUUUCUCUGAGGCAGCUUCGCAGGGUUUGCCUGCUGUAUUGCUUGACUCUGUGGAACCCUUGUUUUUAGGAUCUGGAUUGUUUUUCUAGUUCAGUUUGUAAAAGAAAGGAUGUUAAAUGGAAUGAGAUUUUAAAGGGAUUGUGUUUGGAAAACAAUUCCAAAAAAAGAGCCCGUUUGAGUUUCACGCUGGAGCUGAGCAAAGCUGAGACGUUGCCCAGACUUGUUUUAUUGCAACUCCCCAGAUAGCUGAGUUCUGAAAUUGCGCUGUUUGCGGACAGCACUUGUAUGCAUAGAAAUGCACUGAAAACAUUGCACUGUGCCUCCCUGAAAUGCAAAUUCCACUCAAAGGUAAAUUAGUAGCAGUAACUUUCCAUUCGUUUUCUAUAGAAAUUUAGGAUCUGAUCCUGCAAUCCUGAUGCACUUACUUCUUUGCCCUAGCCUUAGAACUCCAGCCCUAAUCUAGUCCACCAGAAUUCACUCCUCUGCACCUUUAAACACCUCCUUAAGAAAGCCUUCUUCAGAGAAGUCUGCAAUCUCUAUUUCCCCAAGGAAGGGUUUACCCACCCACUGGAACUACAAGACUUGGCUCACAUGACUGCUCAUUCACUCUGGUUUUUAGUGCAUUCCUUCCCUGCAUGUGUGUGUCAUCUGUCUACAUAUGCUCCUUAACGCAUAGACCGUGUCAUUUUAUAAGUAUUAAGCAUCUAGCAUAUGGUGUGUAUUAUACAAGCGGUAAUAAUAAAUAGCAGAAUCCUGCAAAGUUUGUGCUGCAAUCACUAGAAAGUUCUGCCUAUAUUUUUAUAUGGCCCUCAUUCCUAUAGCAUUUGAGCACUUCCCACUCAUUAAUGAAUUUAUCCUCAAAACACCCUCCCAGAGGUAGGGGAGUACCAUCCCCAUUGUAUAGACAAGGAAACUGAGGCACACAGAGGUUAGGUGGCCUGCUCAAGAAAGUAUCUAUUAGAGCCAGUACUUGAACCCAGAUCUCCUGAAUCAAAGUUCACAAACCCACCCUUCCUUUCUCAGAGGCUGGUUCCUUCUAACAAAAGGACACUUUUCCUUCAAUGUGCUCAGAGAACACAACGGCAGUCCAUAGCAGGAACAGGGUGCAACAGGAAAUAUGAAGUCCAAAAUGACGCUGUUGUUUAAAGGUUAAUGAUUGUUAACCUGGCCAAAAAGUAAACAAAGGCUAUGACGUACAUUUGCAGUUGAACUUGUUUUCAAAGCUCCUAUCACUUGCUCUCUCCAUUUCAGAAUAUUUAUAUGCUUUUGUGGCAAUCAGCUCUUCAGGGUUUGUCUUUUUUAUGCUUGUUUUUCUGCAGUAGGAUGGGGCUGUUGCUAAAGAUUCUUGUUCCAUUUGUGGGAUUGGUCUUGGCCUUCUGUUUUUAUUCAAAGGAAGAUUUUAAUCCAGAGAUGCUGAAAGGGAAGCGAGUGAUUGUCACUGGAGCAAGCACUGGAAUUGGAGAGCAAAUGGCUUAUCACCUGGCCCGGAUGGGAGCCCAUGUUCUGAUCACAGCACGGACAGAAGGCAAACUUCAGAAAGUUGUCACACGGUGCCUAGAGCUGGGUGCAGCGUCUGCUCACUUUAUGAAUGGCAGCAUGGAAGACAUGGCACUUGCAGAAGACGUGGUAAAGGAGGCCAAACAAUUGUGGGGAGGCCUGGACAUGCUGAUCCUCAAUCAUAUCGGUUACACCUACUUUAAUUACUUCGAUGGAGACGUUGAGCAUAUACGAAAACUCCUGGAGAUUAACUUUCUCAGCUAUGUGGCCAUGACAGUCUCUGCACUGCCGAUGCUGAAGGAGAGUGGGGGCAGCAUCCUAGUGGUUUCAUCUACAGCAGGUAAAAUUGGAAUUCCAUUUGUUGCUCCCUACUCUGCAACUAAGUUCGCCCUGGAUGGAUUUUUCAGUUCCUUGAGACAGGAAUUAAUAAUCAAGAAUAUCAGUGUUUCCAUCACGCUCUGCAUCUUGGGUCACAUUGCUACUGAAACUGCUGAGAAAACUGUUUCCCAUGUGAUGCAGAAACCAGGUGCACCGAAGGAAGAGUGUGCACUGGAGAUUAUCAAGAGUGGAGCACUGCGGAAACGGGAACUCUAUUAUCCAUACACCGCUGUGAGAAUUCCCCUCUUAAUACGAGACUGGGCUCCCGAAUUUUUGGACUCACUCACAAGAAAUAGUUUAAAUGUGGAAAAUGUCAAAAAAAGUUAGCUUGUCACAUGCAGCAGGGCCUAACUAGAAAACAAACCUAAUGGCACGAACUUCAGCUAAAUGGGGACAUUUUAUUUUCAGUCUAAAUAUUUUGGGUGCUAUCUGCAAAAGCAUCUAAGGGACUUAGUAGCAACAAAUCCGAUUGGCUUUCAAUGAGAUUUGUACAUCGAAGUCACUCAUGUGCUUCAGAAAAUCCCAUCUUUUUUUUUUUUAAAUAUUUUCUCUCUGGAGAUGAAAAGAGGGGGCAACUUGAGGCCUCUGAAAAGCAGCAAAUUCUCCGCCGUCUGUAGAACAGCAUUAGCAAUGUCUGGGUUCAUGUUUGUGGGGAUGGGGUGUGGGUAUCACUCACUUUCAACCAGGACAGCAACUCUCAGACCUUCCAAUGCUGCAAACAGCCCACACUGGUUUCAGUAGCAUACCUCCCAUUUGCUCUACUGCACAAAGUUGCUUAGUAAGAAAUCUGCUUUUUUAAUUGUCCUUGCAAAACCUAAGAGGAUCUCAUUCUCCUCUCACUGUGCUCUAACUGAGUCAGCAUCAGGUCCCACAGCAUUCCUUCAUGCUAAACACUAAUUGUUGUUGUUAGUAAUAUUUAUCUGCAUUGUAAUAACGCCUAGAAGCCCAAGCAGGGGUUGGGGCCUAUUUUUGCAUUGGACACACAUCAUAAAAAAAGACUUCCUGUCCCAACAAGCUUACAGUCUGUAAUUCACAUUAGCAAGAUUGUAUGUGUAUAGAGGCCAAUUGUGCAUUCCAUAAACACCCAGAACUCCCAUCAAGCCAGACUUCAAAUUCCCACCAACUUCAGCAGUACUCGGGGCAGAACCUUUAAAGUUUAGGGAUCACAUCGUCCAGCUCUGAAGUGCAGGUGCCUCUGUGGUUGAAAACAGCUGCAUUUCAGGGGCAGGGGAAAUGUCCUAAGCUCUGUGAAAUUAGAGGUGGAAAAUCUGUAGCAGCACCAAGAAUGUAUAGCCUAAAGAGGCUGCAACCUCAUUUUGAAGUUCUAAUUGAAAUAUACAUCAGGAAAGUAUAAUAAGAGCUAUAAAACUAUUCUUGCUGCUGGGCAAAGCACAGUGAAUUUAUGUUUGUUAAAAAUUAAGUGCAGUAGGAUAGAAACUCAUCAGGAGUCUCAUAAAUCAUCAAAAUUAAUAAUGUAUAAAGCAUAAUGGAGUAAAGAGGAUGUGAAUA